CUUCACCAUAGCUUCAAUCUUCGUCUUCGAUUUCCAUUUCAGGUGAUCAUUCUAUCUUCCUGUUUUCUUCAUUUCUGAUUUCUUCCGUUUUACGAACUGAUUUUGGCAUCCUAUUGCGCCGUCCGAUCUGAGGAAGAAGGAUGUUAAUGCAAAACGCGCGCCGGAAGUUUUUCCGGCGCCUUCUGCCGUACUUUUCCGGCUAAAAACCGCCGACGUUUGGCGGUUCUUACUAACUAAAUGAGUUUUCUUGAAUAGAACCUAAUUUAUAGUAGGUUCGUUACUCGAUUCUCUGUUUGUUUAUCUCGAUCGAGUUUCAAAUGUUAGUGGUCGAUUUGAUUUGAGAUUUGUGUUGUGUGUGAGGUGUGGUGUGGUGUGGUGUUUAUUUGAGUGCCUUGACUUACUUUUCAGAUAUGGAAUUGGUUUGGAUUUUGGAACUUGACUGAUUAUUGUUUAGUUUAUUUGUAGAAGAGUGAGAGUUUUGUUGAAUGCGUUUUGAAAAUGUUAUUUAGAAUUUGUGACUGCUUUUUGAUUUAUUUGUGAGGUAGAAGACAAUGGAAGAAAUGAAGUUGAGUGUGCAUUAUUGCAGUGUUUAUUAAGUACGAAGGAAUAUAUGAUGGAGGCUAUGAGAAAGAGCUAAAGGGAGCCAGUGUAGCAACAAACCUGGCCUACAAAUUCUAAUUUCUUAUACGCCUCGUAGAGAUUUUUUUUUUUUUAAAAAAAUAAUUUCUUGGUUGGAAAAAAUGGAAGACGGAAACCCAGAUGCUUCUUCGAACAAAGCGCUCUCUGUUUCUCAGGUGGUAGAAGAGUCGAAAGAGCUGUGGGGUUUGACCUUUCCAGUCACUGCCAUGAACUUCUUGGUGUUUUUCAGGCAGGUGGUCUCUGUUUUGUUCUUGGGCAGAAUUGGAAGCCUGGAGCUAGCAGGUGGUGCACUUGCUAUAGGAUUUACAAAUAUCACAGGCUAUUCUGUUAUGGUGGGUUUAGCCGCUGGGUUGGAACCCAUAUGCAGCCAAGCCUACGGAAGUAAAAAUUGGGAUCUCCUCUGUCUCUCUCUGCAACGCAUGAUCUUAAUCCUCCUCUUUGCAACUAUACCCAUCGGUUUUCUCUGGCUCAACCUUGACAACAUCAUGGUAUUUUUAGGUCAAGAUCAACAAAUCACAAGUAUGGCGGCUAUUUACUGUAUUUAUUCUCUUCCGGACCUUUUAACAAACACCUUGUUGCAACCGUUAAAAAUAUUUCUGAGGUCACAAAAGGACACGAAACCCAUGAUGUAUUGCACUCUAGUAGCAGUUGGCCUUCAUGUGCCUCUGAACUAUAUGAUGGUGGUGGUGCUGGGGAUGGGGAUACAAGGAGUGGCAAUGGCUUCGGUGCUCACAAAUUUGAACAUUGUGGGAUUGAUGUCCGGAUACGUGUGGGUGUGGGGAAGGAAAGGGGAGAUGAGAUGGACGUUGAAGUUGGGAGAGGUUUGUGGAGGCGUGGGGCCAGUGAUGAAAUUGGCUGUACCGAGUUGCUUGGGAAUAUGUUUGGAGUGGUGGUGGUAUGAAAUAGUGACAGUGCUGUCUGGUUAUUUAUCCAAUCCAACGUCGGCUGUGGCCGCCACUGGGAUUCUCAUCCAAACUACAAGCAUGAUGUACACCGUUCCCCUUGCUCUCUCUGGUUGCGUCUCCACCAGGGUAGGGAAUGAACUGGGAAGUGGAAAGCCAUGGAAAGCGAAAGUUGCAGCAAUGGUAGCAUUGGGAUGCGCAUUUGUGAUAGGCGUAAUCAACGUGACGUGGACGGUGAUUCUUAGGCAGACAUGGGCCACACUUUUCACACAUGAUGUCUUGGUUAAAUCAUUGGUCUCUUCUGCUUUGCCAAUCAUAGGCCUCUGUGAGCUUUUCAACUGCCCCCAGACCACCGGCUACGGCAUCCUACGUGGCACUGCCCGUCCUGCUGUGGGUGCUCGUAUCAACUUGGCUUCCUUUUACCUUGUGGGCACCCCUGUUGCUGUGGGCCUCGCCUUUGGGCUUAAACUUGGCUUUGUCGGGCUUUGGUUUGGGCUUCUCUCGGCCCAAGUCGCUUGUGCUGUGUCCAUGCUCUAUGUGGUUCUUGCCAACACUGAUUGGGAGGCUGAGGCUUUGAAGGCUAAGAAGCUUGCUGGUUUGGAAAUGACUGCCACUAGUGCUGCUCAGGAGGAAAGUAAGGAGUUGCUUGUCGAUGAAAAUGGCCAUCAACAUUAUAUUUUCUAGAGAGAAAAACUGUAUUUUUUUUUUUUUUUUUGGCUUUUUGGCUUUUUGGAUUUUUGGGUGUGGGUUUAACACCUUAGAGAAUGUUGUAGAGUUCCAAGUGAUGAAUGAUGGGUUGUUGUCAGUUGGGGAAAGGUUUUGAAUCAGUGCUGUGCUUCUGAUUUUGUGUAAGGUCUUCAAUUAUGUUUCUUUGCUUUUUUGUCUUGUGAUCAUGCACAACUUUUGAUUUAAAGGUUCCAAGUGAUUCUUAUGUUGU